UUUAUUCGGAGCUCAGAUUAAAGUAUGCAGCCGGGGCAGGCUGCCUGUGCGCCGCUUCACACGGAGUCCACAGCCCGGUGAGUGCCACCUCCGCCCGGCUCACAUCAGCACCACUUCACGGACUCACACAGGCGGUGAUGUGGUUCCGUUUCAUUGUGUAACUUGUGGGGAGAACCGACUCUAGAUGAUCGCAAAGCGUCUGAUUUCGUGAGACGCGUUUCGUGCGCACGCAGGGGACAGCAGGCACGGCGGACCCCCGCACACGAAGCCUUCUCCUGCGUGAUACUAACGGUGACUGAUUCCCCGCAGACUGAGAGAAGACGCCGCAGAGAUGAGGGACCGCUGUGAUCGGAGGGUUUGCGGAGGAGAGACGAAGAUGCUGCCGCCGCUGCCGCUGGAGCUGCCGCAGCCGCUGAGCGCCGCCGCCGGCUGCCGCGCGUCGCUGUAGUCAGUCCUGCACAGAGCGGGAGAACAGCUGCUUCAACAUAGACCGGUUCACUCACGCUGACCUGGACCAUGAGCAAUGAUUUGCCUGUUCUGACAAGUCUGACUGAGAACUCCACAGAGGUGCCUGUGUCAGCGGGCCAGGUGGAGAACUAUGUGUUGCUGCUGGUGCUGCUGAGUGUCUUUGCCGGGGGGACACUGGUCCUGCUCUCCCUGCUGCUCCUCUUCUGUCACCACUGCUGCAUGGGUGGACGACGCUACUCCAGAGCCAGCGAUGACCCUGAGAAGACAAACACCACUUAUGCUGAGGAUUCUCAGCCCACCCAAGAGAUCACCAUUCGUCUGGAUGAAUCAGAUGCUCUCUCAGCUUCCAGCUGCCAUGAGGGAGAGUCAGAGCGAUUCGUCUCCACUGGGUCGACUGGUCGCAGAGUCUCCUUCAAUGAGUCUGCUCUUUACGAACAAGAGAAGACGACACAGGAAAAAGGACGCAGGUACACUCUCACUGAGGGAGACUUCCACCACCUGAAAAAGGCCCGACUGACCCACCUUCACCUGCCGCCGGCCCCUUGUGACCUAAAGAUCCUCACCAUCAUGGAGUGUGACUCAGCGGACAGCAGCAUGGUCAACAUCUGUGAGACCGCAGCUCCAAAACUGCCCCUCACCAUCUACCAGCCGUCUGAGAGAAGAGUCCCUGACUGGCUGGGACAGAGCCUGAGCGGAGGGCUGCCAGGUGACCCUCACCACUCCAUCAUCCUGGACCAGGGACUCAGACAGACCUCAUCAGCCAUGAAAGCACAGCACACACGGUCCCAGACAAUGGAGGCUAUCUGCGACAGGGGAGAGGCUGAGAGCGAAAGGAGUAUGAGAGGAGAGUUGAUUCUAGCUCAGGGCCAGACUUCAGUUCUGCAUUUCUUCUCUAAGCUGCGGCGCCAUGCUAGUCUGGAGGGGGCGGGGCCUUUCUUUCGGAGGUGGAAGUUCGACAGCAGUCACCGCGCUGCCAGUCUGGAUGCCAAAGGUUCGCCCAAGAGAAGGCCCUUCCAGAGACAGAGAGCUGCCAGUGAAACCACCGAUCACACCGAGGAUGAGUCUUUAUCUCUCCAAGAUGAGGUCACUGAAUUCUUUCCACACACUCCCAUUCUGACGAGUGAGCUCCAGUCCCUCUCUGCAGAGUCUCUGUCUCACCACACUACUACACCCACGUCUUCAGUCUUCCUCAGCAGGCUAAACCUGGAGGCCAUGGUGGAGGUAGGUGGUGGCAGCAGCACCAGGAGAGAGGAAACCUGUUCGCAAGCAGACGACUGUCGUGCUGAGAGACAGGAGGAGGCCAUGACCAACGGGACAGGAGUGGAAACUGAAACAGAACUAGGUGCAGUUGUAAGAACAGGUGCUGUGGGAGUCAAGCUGGAAUCGACAGAGGAUGACAACUUAUUUGGGGCACAACAAGAAGCAGGCGAAAGGUUUGAAGACAUGUUGAGGAAAACUAAUGAUAUAAAAACAGAGGGUGUGGCAGUAGAUGUGAGGAGAAAGAAUGAGGCAGACGUAGAUGAUGGAGAAGACGUGGUGCUGGGAGCUGAGGCCAGGCAAAGGGCCGACUCCGGCUCGUCUCUUUCCUUCAUGAUUCGCCAGGAGAGCUUGGAGGCCCCUCCCUCGCUGUACAGAGACAUUUGGAGCUUGCGGGCCUCCCUGGAGCAAUACGCCUCCUCGGACCAGAGCAGCACAGAUCGGGAGUCCAUCCGCAGUGAUGCCGAUAGCGUGUCAUCCUUUGGUGGUGCGGGAGCUCGCUCCGGCCUGGACAGCUGCUUGUCCCAGGACCUGGAUGAUGACCCUGAAGGAGAAGGGGAAGGAGAGGUAUUGGAGGGAGGAAUCAGAGGAGCGUCAGGUGGUGACAGUGAGGUGGGAAGUGGAGCUGGAGGAGAGGGUGAGGCGAGUAACAGGAAGCUCCUUCAGAUGGACAGUGGCUACGCCUCUAUUGAAGCACCAUCCAGGGCCCCUGAGGAGAUGCGGCUUUUUGGGACUCCAGGAGCCCCAAGAGGAAAGACGGCAUCGGAGAGAAGGUUGUUCUUCACCAGCUCUGGAAGAAAAGGUUCAGUGUGCGAGAGCAUCGAGGCCAAACUGUUUCAGGAGGAGCUGGAGGACCAGAUGGCCGAUGGCACAGAGACAGAGAAACUAAAGCAGGCAGCUCACACCGGCAGCCAGGCUCUUACCCUUCAAGAACCAUAUCAACUUCUGAAAUCCCUUCAUCCUCAGAAACCUCCAGUGUCACAAUCACACCUCAUAACUCCUCUGAUGAAGCAUAUCCCACCGCCCCCAAGUCCUCACAGACCUCGUCUCCGCCGCCGCGACUACAGCAUUGACGAGAAGACGGAUGCACUUUUCAAUGAGUUCCUGCGGCACGACCCCCGGUUCGACCAGCAGGAAUCUCCGCUGCGCUCCAGGCACCGCUCCAGAGUUCACCUUCGGAAACAAUGGCAGAGACACAAGCAAUACAGCGACCCAGGGUCAAGCACUGGGGGUAGGUACUCCCCUUCUUUAGAGAGGCAGAGGUUUACGCCGUUGAGAAGGGGUGACAGUGCCGGAUACCCUCUGGACACCAGAUAUCACAGCACUCUCUCACGCAUUGCAAGUGCUGCCGACGAAGAAGCCAGUGAGGUUGCAGAUUGCGAGGAGGCAACCAAAGAGAAUGUGGAGAACAAGGUUCCAUCAAGUGAUGAAGUGGCAGCCAACAAAACAUCUGAAGGCACAGAUGAAAAAAGGAGCAGCUCUAGUUUGGCAGGGUCGGGUGGAGAAGACAAUGGCUGCCAAGUCUCUGAAAGCACAACCAGCCAGUCUUUGAAUACUGUGACUGCACAAACAAGCUACAUGGAUCCAAGAGGUGACAACAGGAACAACAACAGUAGUCAAGCUAUCCUGUCAGAGGUUUCCCUGCAGGAGGAAGGCAGUCUGUCUGACAAGCUGGUGGAGUCAGUGGAGGAGAGGCUCUACGGCGGCCUGCGCACUGCGGAGAAACUCAGCCAGGGAGGAUCAGAGCGCGUGCUUACCGUGUCUCGCACGUCCUCACCUGGCUUCAGUCCCAUAUAACCUGCCAACACCGCCAUCUCCCUCAUCAUCUUUAUAUCAGAUCCGUUGUGUUGACCAGACUGAAAACAAAGUCGACAACAACUCAAACAUCAUCAUGUGUUAGAUACUGGGUCAUUCUCAGUUUUCCUUACAUUGCGACGAUUCAUUAAAAUAAAUAUGGUCUGAAAACUGACGCACACACAACACACACACACAACUUUGUACUUCUAUCUCAUUGAGGACAUUCAUAGGCAUAAUGCAUCCCCUAGGCCCCCUCCUCUAACCUUAACCAAACCAAAAUGUUCUCUCUUUCCCAAUAUCUAAAGAGGGUCAAAAGUAGUCCUCACAAAGAUAUGUGUACAAUAAACACGCACAUCUACAGUAUAUAUAUAUAUUUUAAGAAAGAAGUACUUUCUCAAUGGCCAGUCUCUUCCAGUGAUUCCUCUCAGACCUUAAUUUCCACUGUGACACCAUGUGACAUGUGAUGCCCUUUUUAUUGGUAACCGCUCCUCAGAUCAAAUGCAUCCUUCAUUACGUAGAUUUGAAAAUAAAGACCCAUCUUUAGAAAAAGUUAAUAUUUUCAACUGUGAAUUUCCAGCAUGCUACUGUAUGUCCAAACAAUGUGUAUGUGUAUACUGUACAGUUUGAACUUGAAAACAAAAAGCACUUUGAUGGGAAGAAAGAUAAUGAUUGCGUUUCUGUCACCCAUUUCUCUCAUUUUUAAACUAUUUCCUCCUCAAGUGUCCUUCUCGUCUCAGUCACCAUGAGGAUGUGUGUGGAAGAGCUUCUGUGUCGGCUAAUGGAAGAACAAUAAUGACCCUGUAGGAACAAAAAGACAUCACUCUAGAUGGUUUUGUGUUUGCAGCCUUCUCUCUCUCAUCACCACCUCAUCAGGAUCAGCCGAUCUGGAGAUCACUAUAUCAUAAACGUAAAAACAGAUGGGAAACCCAAAUUAUACCGCCAACACAGCACUUGAGAAUACAUGCAUCAAGCAUUUUUAUAAUUAUACAGACUCUGGUUUGUUAUUAGUCAUCUGUCCCUGUUAUGCAUCCUGGAGUGUUGUGUCACUGCUGGGCCUCUGCUGAUGUGGGGGAGACUGACAGAUGAUACUUUAAGUGACUGAUACUGGAGCCUCUCAGGCUUUUUACACAGUUGGUCCAGUGACGGAGAAGCGGAGGUCGAAAACUGAACAGCAGUGGUGUCGUCUGCUCCCGAAUCCCGAAAGAAUGGAAAAUACUUAUAUAAGUCUGAGGAUAUUUUUUUGGUCAUGUCAGCAAAUCCUGUGGAAUCACACAAACCAACAAUAAGGAGAGUGUUGUAUAACUUGUUACUUUGUGCCAUAGAGGCUGAUUGUUGUUAGAAAUGAUUAAAACACAUUAAUGAGCCACAGUGCUUCAGUUUCAUGAACAUCCACUGGAACAUGAAAUGUGUGUCAAUCCUGAAAAUAGCCCCUCCCGCAAAAUGCACUAGUUUGUUAAAAUGUACAGUCUCCAGGUGUUUUAGUAAACGCUUGUGUUCUGUUUUAAAAUUUUCAGUAGGAAUCAAUAGGUUAAAGGCUAAGAACAAUGGACAGGGUAUAAAAGUGACAUUGGACUUUUUAAAUAUAAGGUAGUACUCUUCACAUUUCAGGAUCAAAUCUGGAGUAGAGCAACAACCAGAUUAUCUUCUACAUUGAUUCAUUUAUCUUGAUUUUAUUUUAAAUGUGUCAAAAAUGCCCAAGCGGGGAAAUUAUUUAUUAUUUAUUUGACAGUAAAAAGCUAAUUGGAUGACAGGAUUUUUGGUUGUAAGCUCACAUGCACAUCUCAGUCUAGCUCAGGAUGGAGUUUCUUCACUGUGAGGAAACAGUUGACAAAUGUGGACAUUUUCAGGACCAACUUUAAGUGAUUCUUGUGUUCGCUUAUUUUGAUUUAACCCACCAAUGCUAAACUUAAAACUCUUCAGGAGAAAAGCAGCAAAUCCUCACACCGAAGAAACUGCAACCAAAGAAUAGUGGAGUUUUCAAUUGACAAUUGGCUUCAUCAAAAUUAGGAAACUGCUGCAGAGAAUUUUUUUGUAAAGCAACAAAUAUAUUUAUUGUUGCAGAUGAUUUCAUCGGGAGAUGACUCAUCGUUUUGAAGCUUUUUAAGUGUAAUGACAAUUACGAGACUUCCAGUGUGGAUGUGAAGUUUACAUUUAUGUUGAAUGAGGUGAAGAACGUCACCUGGGAAACUGUGUCGGCAGGUUGUCCUUUUGUUUUCCUCCACACUCUGAUCAAAGCUGCAGUUCAUGUAUGUAUUUUAUCAAACUCGUGUCUUUGUCUUAUUCGUGGUGAACCAUCUGCUUUAUUAUAAAACAAGUCGUGCAGAAAAAAAUGUCUUGCAGCCUUGUUGAUGGUGGGAGGGGGGGUUGACGUAAUGUGAUUCAAAGAACCCGAUGUACUGUGCAGAACUUCCAAAACACCUCAACACUUCCUUAAGAACCUCCUGUGUCCUCACAUACUGACACUGCUGAAAUGUUCUGCAGCCUGUUCACACGAGGCGUCUCCUCAUCCUCUACACGCCGCUCCCUGCUUGUGCGUUGCCUAGCGGAGAACCUCUGUGGACCUCGCUGACGUGGGAAGCACUUGCUCUCUCCCUCCCUCGGAGUUGUGACUCACCUGAUAGAUCUCUGAUCUAUUCCCAGCGAGGAGCUGAUGAUAGCCCUGGCUGCGUAAGACGGGGGCAGAGCUCCCGCUGAUGUGAUGGGCACAACAAAGAGCAUCGCUGGAAAACAGGCGAUCGUGACGACACCUCCUGCAGCUGAGCAGCAUCUGCUCUUGAUGUUCUCGGUUCUGACAACAAGCUGGUCGCAGACAUCACAGAGACGGAUGUAGAGUGUGUGCUUGUAAAGGACACGUAAAUAAUAAACAGGACAUAAACCACUGAGUUGUAUUGGAUAAUGAAAAUAGGCUGAACUCAAGUUAAACAGGAAGGACCAUUCAACAAACGGCCUGUUUGGGACAUAUUUUAUAUAAAUAAUAAUUAAAAAAUAUUCAUUGGAAAAAAGAAAAAAACAAAAAACUAAAUGGAAAUCAAAAAUCCCCCAACAGGUCAGCAGUGGAUCUCAAGGCUUCAGUCUGUCAGCCUUUCCACAAACACUUUCCCUUUCAUCCAGCUCUGUACAGCAUGCAGUUUUUAUGUUGGUAGUAGUAGAGUACUAUCAUAAUUAUUCUCAUCACAGAUUUAAAUAUAGAAUUAUUCAUAACUUUAGGGUUUUUUUUCGCUUUAAUUUUACACAUCACAAUGUGUCUUAAAAACUGCCAUUAGGGAUCUGUAAAAACAAAGGUAGUCAAAGGAACAGAAGGUGGGGUGUUGAGGUGGGGUACAGGGGGGUGAUGGGGUUUGUAAUAUCCGGUGCAACACUUGGCUGAUGGGAUGGAGAGUAGGGGGUAAUCGGAUGACAGGAGCUGAAAGGAGCCAAAACAUGGGAGAAAAAAAAAA